AUGGAUUCAAGGGUCAGAAAAUUGCUGAAUCUCGCCAUAAAUAAUGACAGUGCAGCAAUGAAUGAGAAUAAAGGUGACGAAGACCCAUUCAGUAAUCCACAACCAAGUACAUCUGGAACCCAAAAACAAACUACUUUAGAUGAAACAGUAAGUGACUUUUCUAGUGACGAUUCUGUGGCCGAUCCUAACUACUCUCCAAGCAGUCCUAGCUUACUUACACAACAUAAAGAAAUGGAAAUUGCUUUUCCAUAUGCAUCAGUGGAUAUACAUAUAACGCUAGACAAUGAGACACCUGAAAACAUUGGAGAUACUUUAUUACUACAACAAAACCACCCAGUGUCCUGUAGAAAAAAGAAGCAAAAAAAAAAUUUAAAAGAAAUCUUGGCCAAUCUUAUGUGA